UUGGUACACCGGAGCCGUGUGUGAAACUGAGCUGGACGAAUGUCAGUCCAGCCCCUGUGCAAAUGACGGAACUUGUAUCGAUCUUGUGAACGGUUAUAACUGCACCUGCGCGGAAGGAUACACCGGUAGUCAUUGUGAUGUGGAGGUUGAGGACAAGUGUGCGGCCCUGGACCCGUGUUUUCCCGAGGUUUCUUGCGUCAACCUGGACGAUGGAGGCUACUUGUGUGGGCGGUGUCCUGAGGGAUACUUUGGAAACGGAUACGAAUGCAAAGAUACGGAUGAAUGUGAGUCAGAUGAACAUGGCUGCCAGCAUGGCUGUAACAACCUUCCCGGAACAUACGAAUGUACCUGUCCGGACGGCUUCGUGCUGAUUGGUGAAGACUGUUUAGAUGUGGACGAGUGUGAGGCAGACAUCGACGAGUGUUCUCACGACUGCACCAACACGGACGGGUCCUACACGUGUGGAUGUCCGGAUGGGUACGAACUGGACAUAGACGAGAUGACCUGCAUCGACAUAGACGAGUGUAGCCAGGAUGACCCCGACUGUCAUGAGUGCACUAACACCCCCGGCAGUUAUGGGUGCUCCUGUAGGGACGAGUACGUGGUCGGGGACGAUGGGACAUCAUGUGAAGAUGUGGACGAGUGUGCUGAAGGGCUUGACGAGUGUUCUCACGAAUGCAUUAACACGGAAGGGUCCUACACAUGCGACUGUCCUGAGGGGUAUAAUCUUACCUCUGACGGAAUGAACUGUACAGACAUAGAUGAAUGCAGUCUUGACACCAUGGACUGUCACGAAUGCCAGAACACCCAGGGAAGUUUCGAGUGUUCCUGUAUGGACGGGUAUGAAGUCCAUGAGGACGGGACAUCAUGCCAAGACGUGGACGAAUGUGCUUCGGAUCUUGACGAGUGUGCUCACGACUGUACCAACACAGACGGGAACUAUACUUGCGACUGUCGUGCAGGGUUUGAACUUGACUCAGACGAAAGGGCCUGCAACGACGUGGACGAGUGUGCGGCAGACAUUGACGAGUGUUCUCAUGACUGCACCAACACUGACGGGUCCUACACCUGUGAAUGUCCGGAUGGGUACGAACUGAGCUCGGACGAAAGGAACUGUAACGAUGUUGACGAAUGUUCGUCUUCGAGUCUCAAUGACUGUUCUCACGAAUGUACCAAUACGGACGGGUCCUACACGUGCGGAUGUCCCGAUGGGUACACACUCAGCUCCGACGACAAGACCUGCAACGAUGUAGACGAGUGCGAUUUGGAGCUGGAUGAGUGUUCUCACGAUUGUACCAACACGGAUCUAUCUUACACCUGUGAAUGUCCCCAGGGAUACCAACUCGGGUCGGACGACAGGACAUGUGAAGACGUGGACGAGUGUUCCACUAAUGCCCACGAGUGUUCUGACGAUUGCACCAAUACGGACGGGUCCUACACGUGUGCAUGUUCUACAGGGUAUGAACUCAACUCGGACGAAAGGACAUGUGACGAUGUAGACGAGUGUUCCACUGACACCCACGAGUGUUCUGACGACUGUGCCAAUACGGACGGGUCCUACACCUGUUCAUGUCCUACAGGGUACGAAAUCGGCUCGGACGAAAGGACGUGUAACGAUGUAGACGAGUGUUUCACGAACGCUCACGAGUGUUCUGACGACUGCACCAACACGGAAGGAUCCUACACGUGUGGCUGUCCUACAGGGUAUGAACUCGCCACGGACGGACUAAACUGUAACGAUGUGGACGAGUGCGAUUCGGAUCAGGACGAGUGUUCUCACGACUGCACCAACACGGACGGGUCCUACACGUGCGGAUGCCCUACCGGGUACGAACUCAGCUCGGACGACAAGACCUGCAACGAUGUGGACGAGUGUUCCACGAAUGCACACGAGUGUUCUGACGACUGCACGAACACGGAAGGGUCCUACACGUGUGGAUGUCCUACAGGGUAUGAAAUCGCCACAGACGGACUGAACUGUAAUGAUGUGAACGAGUGUGAUUCGGGGCAGGACGAGUGUUCUCACGACUGCACCAACACGGACGGGUCCUACACGUGUGGAUGUCCUGAAGCUUUCGAACUUGACUCGGAUGGAUGGACCUGUAACGAUGUGGAUGAGUGUUCCUCGAAUGCUCACGAGUGUUCUGACGACUGUACCAACACAGAAGGAUCCUACACGUGUGGAUGUCCUACAGGGUAUGAACUCGAUUCGGACGAGAGGAACUGUAUUGACGUGGACGAGUGUGCUGAAGGGAUUGACGAGUGUUCUGAUGACUGUAUCAACACGGACGGGUCCUACACCUGCAGCUGUCCGACAGCAGGGUUCGAACUUGCCUCAAACGGAAAGACCUGCAACGACAUCGACGAGUGCGCCAGCUCCCCCUGUCAGAACGGAGGUGAAUGUCAGGACGCAGUUAACCAGUACACAUGCUCGUGUGCCAGUGGUUGGGAUGGGACUCACUGCGAUGAAGACAUAGACGAAUGCUCCCUUGACAGUAAUAACUGUCACGAGUGUCAGAACACUGAGGGUAGUUUUGAGUGCUCCUGUAGGGACGGGUACGUUGUGGACUCCGAUGGAACAUCAUGUCAAGACGUGAACGAGUGUGUGAUAGAUCAGGAUGGCUGUUCUCACGACUGUGCCAACACGGACGGGUCCUACACGUGCGAGUGUCCCACAGGGUACAAACUCAACUCGGACGAGAGGAACUGUGACGAACUGAUGAAAAAGGGAUGUGAGCUGUCCAUCGAACAGAUCGGAGGCGUGCCGCAGGUCUUCACAUCGGCUCUGUCUGACACACAGUCGUUUGAGUUCAGGAGUUUCUCCUCACUUGUGGAGUCUGCGCUGGACGAAAGUUUCAUGUCCAGUAGUAUCAGCCCGAUGUACCAUGGCUGCCAGGUGACGAGCUGCAGGGCGGGAAGUAUCAUCGUGAACUUCCAGGUGUUCCUGCUACAAGACUCCGCCUCCGUGGAGAACGUCACUAACGCGUUCCUGCAGGUGCUGAACGGCAGCACGUUCGGCUCGUCACAGAUCACCAUCGUGCCGUCGUCUUGGAGAGUCUAUGAAAUCGCCGAAGCGGACUCCAGCCGUCCCUGGCACACGGUAGAGCUGUACGUGGCCCUUGUGUCUGCGGCGUGCGCUGUUGUUCUAACCGCCGUGGUGGUAGCGAUCGUCUGGUGGUGCGGCAAGCACGGCAGGCACCGCGGGAAAACCAGAACCGUCGAGGUCGCCCCUCACACCGACCCACCACCGCCGCCGUACGACGACAGGAAGACAGCGUGGAACGGUGGCGAGUUGACUUAGUACAGAUUACUGAAGUCUAAACCUGUCGACAUAUUUCCUGUUUGAAAUGAAAACAAUUUCUCACUUUGGAAGCAACAAGUAAUGUCGGUGAUGAGCAUCUAUGCAGCAAUAUGGACUGAUAAAAUUUUAGAAAUAUAUUUCUUGGAAAGGUCUUCUCAGAGAAUUAAAGACUAUUACUAGGCUUGUGGCAUAUAAGACAAUUUGUACUUUUCGUUCGACGAAUAAACCCACAUUCAGGGUUGUAAGAGUGGCGUUAUACGCAUUUGCUUUUGGAACUAAAAGGCAAUUAUUCAGGGGUUUGUAGAUUUGUUGUGGUUGUCGCUGAUGUGCGGUGAUUUCAAUGU